AUGAAGCCCGUCGUCAGCGCCUUCAACGCGUGGUCCUGCACGGUUCUCUCCGUCUUCGCCAUCCUCAUCCUCAGUGCUAUCGCUCUUCUAUACCGUAGCGGCCACGAGGAGUUCGUCGGUGGUAAGGAGGAUCCCGAGGACGGCAAGGCAGUGGCCGGUACCAUCUUUACUGCCGUCAUCGUCUACACUGGUUUCUUCGUCUUCUGCGGAAUCCAGGGACUUCUACACACCCGCGAGAGCCGAAGAGGCGCGAUUGCCUUGUAA